AUAAGUACUGGAUUACAGCAGAGGAGCACUGAGGCUACACGAAAAUAACAAUACCCUGAGGGAGAAAAUGACUAGUAUCGAUCGAAGUGGGCAAUCGCUGCAGACUGUUGUAACUGAAGCGUUAAAUGGUAAAAUUGGAACCGAUGCAUAACAACGUUCUGUAGAAAUAUAGUGGAAGAUUUGCCUCAGACAUGUUGGAACUUCAAUGUUGACAGAUAUUUUCAGGAUUAGGAGUGGCAAAUUUUGAACAAGAACGCUGUACCGAAAAAAAUGGCAAUACCGUUAUUGAUUUACUUCUGCGUAAUGGCUUUUCAACAAUCCGUAUUGAGUCAUCCACAAUGCUUGGAUUUUACGUUCCCAUUCAAAUCAUCGAAGGCAUUGGAGAUGUGCAGUGAAUAUCAAGAAUUCGGGUGUUGCAAUCGAAAAGAAGAUAAUCGAAUCAUUGAUAAAUAUUACGAGUAUAUUAGUAAUCUGCCCUCGGAUCGGCAAGACACAUGCAGUGGAUGGACGAGGGACUUAUUGUGUCAGAAAUGUUCGCCAUAUGCAGCCCACAUAUUCGAUGCAGAAGAUAACGCAUUAGCAAGAACAUUUCCAGGACUUUGUCCGAGUUAUUGCAUCAGGAUGUUGAACAGUUGUCCCGACAUAGUGAAAUUCUUCACCGAUAAUUCCGUAUUGCUGAAUCUUAUUGAGACGAGGAAAUAUAAAUUGUUCUGUGACUCAGUAACAACACGGGAUCCGGAUUACUGUUAUCCGGAUUUAGUCGUUAAUCCGGAAUUGAGUGAAAAUUUAGGGAAAGUUGAAUUCUAUCAAGCAAAAAGCAAAUGCAUUCCAAUCUGUCUGCAAGAAAUAGCGAACAGACGAUCAAAUCCUGUUUCUGCAAAACAUUCCAGAGACGGAACACAUCGGUUAUUCAUCGUCGAACAACUGGGAUUAGUGUGGGUUAUUCUUCCGGAUAAUUCUCGACUUGAUCCACCAUUUCUUGAUCUGCGCGACGUCGUCGUUGCAAAUAAACAACGUUACGACGAACGAGGGAUGCUUGAUAUAGAAUUUCAUCCGAACUACAGAGAAAACGGGCUUUUCUAUCUUUAUUACUCAUUUUCAAUCAAAGGAAAAGAUUACGUAAAGAUCAGUGAAAUGAAGGUUUCAGAUAAUGACAUGAACAAAGCCAACGCCACUGCUGAACGCACACUCUUAGAAAUUCGGCAACCUGCUAAAAAUCACAACGGUGGACAACUACUAUUUCUCGACGGAGUUGACGAAAACUUGUACAUAUUCACUGGGGAUGGAGGAAAUGGUGGAGAUCCCUUCGGUAAAUAUGGAAAUGGACAAAAUAAAAAGACCUUUCUCGGAAAAGUUCUUCGCAUUAACGUAAACGCCAGAGGUGUGAAUGGUCAUCCUUAUGCUAUCCCAUCAGAUAAUCCCUUUGUAGAAGACUCUGCCUAUCUUCCGGAGAUUUACGCUUUGGGUGUGAGAAACAUGUGGAGGUGUUCAAUGGACCGAGGAAACGCUACAGGAUCAAAUCGAGGUAGAGUAUUUUGUGGUGACGUUGGGCAGAGCGCUUACGAAGAGGUUGACAUUAUUGAAAAAGGUGGAAACUAUGGAUGGCGAGGGUAUGAGGGAUAUUCGUGCUACGAUAAAAAGAUGUGCAAUUCCAACAUUAUUAAAAACUAUAUUCGUCCUAUACAUGCGUACAGCCAUUCCGUGGGAAAAUCAGUGACAGGAGGUUAUGUGUACAGAGGCUGCCAAAAUCCCAAUUUGAGAGGCAAAUACAUCUUUGGGGAUUUCCAUAAUGGAAAAUUAUUCGCCCUAACCGAAAACAGUAAUGGAUCGUGGAAACGAGAGAGUAUUUGCAUGGCAAGCAACGAAGCAUGUAAAUCUGGUGGAUUGCAGAAUAAUUACGGCAAACAUAUUCUAUCAUUUGGUGAGGAUGAAAAUGGAGAACUAUACAUGUUAUCAACGCCGAGAGCUCUCCCUGGAUUUCGUGGUGGAAGCGUUUAUCGAUUGGUCGAUCCGUCAAGUGGAGGAGAUCCUAGCGAAUGUUCAAAUGAAAUCGUGGAAACUGAAAUUAUGAACAGAACAGAGAUAAUUCCAUAUCAAAGUCCUUCAGAUAGCACUGUGUCAGUUCGUCUCGCAGGGUCUAAUGGAUCGAAACACCGAGGCAGGGUGGAAAUAUUAUUAGAUGGUGAUUGGGGAACAAUUUGUGACGAUGAAUGGGGAAUUCAAGACGCACAAGUGAUUUGCCGCAUGCUGGGAUUUCAUCACGCAAAAGCUGCUCUUAAAAAAGCUCGUUUCGGGCGUGGUAGUGGUCCUAUAUGGCUGGACGAUGUUCGAUGCUCGGGCACUGAAACAAAUAUUGCGAAUUGUCACCAUUCGCCUUGGGGAUAUCAUAACUGCGGUCAUGCGGAAGAUGCCUCCGUUGUAUGCAGCUCGUUCUAAUUGUAACAAAAUGGAUGCUAACAAGAGUUUCAGUAUUUGGGUAUCUUGCUAUAGCUAACACAAAGCGAAUUUUGAAUGUAGACAAUCACGGUCAUCACCACACCAUGUCAAUAUUACCGCGAUGUGUGUAUUCCCUACCCUGUGAUUUGACGAGCUAUGCCAAAACUUUUUCCAAUUCUGUACUAUUUUUCCAUCAUUUGUAUUCAUUCCCAAUCAAAGUGUGCCUAUUCUAUCGUUAUUGGCCGCUUCAUACAUCGCGGUAAUGCACGAUAAAUGUAACAUGACAUUGCUUUUAAAUUAUUACCGAUAUUUUCCAUUCAUCAUUAUAUUUUCUGUGUUUUUGAGAUCCAAUUGGAACAAUAUGGAGCAAGGCGCAAAAGUAUAUCAUAAAAUAUUUUAGAGAGAUGUUUUCGUUAUACUAUAAGACAGUGGUUUCCAAAGUGGUGACCGUG